UGGCGCGUCUUGGGCAUUAGUAUUAAGUCGGUCGAGGAACGUCCAGCACGUCGCACAGUUUCCGGUAGAUACAAUAUAUUAUAGAGUACUAGCUAGUCUAAAUCAAAAAUGGCUGAGCAAAAGAAGGCCCCGCUCUUGAAGAAGGAGGAGGAUUACGUCAAGGCUCUCGAGGGUUUCAUUACACCCGAUAAGGAUCAGGUUGUCCUCUUGCUGGAUUACGAUGGCACACUUGCCCCUUUGACCGAGGAGCUGUCCGUUAUGCCCAAAGAUACGGAAAUCAAUAUUAAGAAAUUGGCUGCCAAUGAGAAAAUCUUUAUGUGUGUUUUCUCCGGUCGCGAACUUAGUGAAAUUAAGAACCAUCUAAAAUUCCCCAAUGUUACCUAUGCUGGUAAUCAUGGUCUGGAGGUUGAAUAUCCCUCUGGCAAGAAGUUCAAGAUCGAAAUGCCCGAGGAACUGCUCGAGAAGCACAACAAGCUGGUUGCCGAGCUUAAGGAGAAGGUUGUCUGCUCCGGCGCCUGGGUGGAGGAUAAGAAAAUUUCGGUGACCUAUCAUUAUAAGGGUGUCACCGAUAAGCUGAAGGCCAAGCUGAUCGCCGAGGCCAAGGGUCUGAUUCAGUCCCAUGGAUUCCAGCUUAUUGAGACUCCCUACGCUCUGGAGGGAAAGCCCCGCGUCAACUGGGACAAAGGUGAGGGCGCCAAGAUGAUUCUGGAGAAGCACUUCGAUGCCGAUUGGGCCAAGAACCUGAAGAUCAUCUAUGUGGGCGAUGAUACCACCGAUGAGGAUGCCAUUAAGGUGCUGCAUGGCAUUGGCAAGACCUUCCGCGUUUCGGAGCUGCCAACGCUGAAGACCUAUGCCAAUUAUCAGAUCAAGACCGUUGAGGAAGUUGGAUGGUUGCUGAAAGCUGUUCAGGCCUACUACGAGAAGAAGAAGAAGGCAUAAGCUUUGUGUCCAGCUGUAGCUUAAGCUAAUUCCACACAUACACACAUAAAAACACACACGAACAAACAAACAAACACAUAUAUAUGAAAAACAUCUUUAGUUGGCUUGUAAAACAAAAAUACAAUGUUUUUUAUUUCACAUUAAUAUUAUAAUUACUAUUAUAUAUGUUUGUAUGCUUUUCUCUUGUCUACGAUUCGCAAUAAAACAGUCACGUACUUUAAUAA